ACAGAGAAGUCUGUCCACUUCAGGCCGCGAAGUGAAACUCGUUUCACUUUACCAAAACACUGUGGACGAACGGCUGCAGUCAGCCACCUGUCUUUGACCAAGCUCCCUGUAACGGAAAGCAGCGGCUUGAGCGCCACGAUGUCCGGGCACGGUCACGGUCACGGACCCGGACACGGUUGCGGGUGCGAGUGUGACCACGAGCCCGCGGAGAGGGGCCUGGAGUACGGACUGUACCGGCGGAUCGACCUGGAGAAGCUGCAGUGUCUGAACGAGUGCAGAGACGGGGAUGGAAAGCUGGUGUUCAAACCGUGGGAUCAGCGGAACGAGCGGGACAAGUAUGUUGAGAGCGAUGCAGAUGAAGAGCUGCUGUUCAACAUCCCUUUUACAGGCAGCGUGAAGCUGAAAGGCAUCAUCAUCUCUGGAGAAGAUGACGACUCUCAUCCGGCUGAGAUACGACUGUACAAGAACAUCCCUCAGAUGUCCUUUGACGACACCGGCAGAGAACCUGAACAAGCCUUCAGACUCAACAGAGACCCCACCGCUGAGCUGGAGUACCCAACAAAGAUCACUCGUUUCUCCAACGUUCAGCACCUCUCCAUCCACAUCUCAAAGAACUUCGGAGCGGAGAGCACCAGGAUCUACUACAUCGGUCUGAGGGGAGAAUACGCUGAGGCUCACAGACAUGAAGUGACGAUCUGUAACUACGAGGCAUCAGCAAACCCUGCAGAUCACAAAGUGGAGAGCAUCAUCCCACAAACCAACUUCAUUUCCUGAAAGCUGCACAGAGUCGGAAGGAAGGGGAGGAGGAGGAGGAGGAGGGGAGGUUUCAGUGGCGUCUGCUUGACAGGUGUCAAAAAGUCAAAGAUGAGUCCAACGCUGCGCACCGGCAGGUUGAUUGAGCUCGAUCCGGGACCGAGCACAGAAAUCUGAAGACCGAAGAGCUUCAGAUGUGUCUGGAAGUGCCAAGUUGUUGUUCUGUUUUCUAUGGCAAUAAAGAGUGAAGGCUUAAUGUGGGCAAAAAGCUUAACAAUAAACGCAUGAAACAUUUGA